AUGUUCGUGCAGCAGCUACAUCCAUACCCUUACGCUGUGAUCCGUAGAAGAUUUUUGGUGCUGCUUAGUUUCGUUUCAUGUGUUGUGAUCUCGCCAGCGGCAUGCUCUCAUCGGCCACACAUCGUCUUCAUCCUGGCGGACGACAUGGGCUGGAACGACGUCAGCUUUCACGGCUCGAACCAAAUUCCGACGCCCAACCUCGAUGUUCUUGCCUCAGAGGGCAUUCUCCUCCACCACUAUUACACCAUGCAAUUGUGCACACCUUCCAGGGCCGCGCUGCUUACUGGAUUAUAUCCAAUGAGAACAGGAAUGCAAUCGGGCGUCAUCAAUAACGCGGAGCCUUGGGGACUUCCACUCAAUUUGAAGAUUAUGCCUGAACAUUUCAAAGACUUAGGCUACGAAGUGCAUUUGAUCGGUAAAUGGCAUCUUGGUUACUUUAAAACCCCGUAUACGCCUCUGAGGCGCGGAUUCGACACUUUCUACGGGUAUUAUACCGGCAGAGAGGACUACUACGACCACACAUCUGGCGAGGAGCACGUCGGCCUUGACCUGAGGGACAACGAGACGCCGGACUGGGGAGAAAACGGAACUUACGCUACUCGCCUGUUCACCGAUAAGUUCAUUACUCUCAUUGAGAAUCACGACAAAUCUAAGCCAUUUUUUGGCUUUUUCAGCCAUAUAUCUCCGCACGUCGGAGGAAAUGCAGAUCCUUUUCAAGCGCCCCGAAGGAACGUGAGAAAGUUUUCUUACAUUGGUCACAAGGACAGAACUUACUACGCAGGCAUGGUAGACGCGUUAGACGAGUCGGUGGGGGCCGUGGUGGAUGCUCUUAACAGGACCGGCAUGCUGAACGACACCAUCAUCGUAUUCAGCUCGGACAACGGCCCAGAUCUCCAUGGUGCAGAUUUCAGCGGCGGCAGCAGCUGGCCGUUCCGUGGGUACAAAGCCACCCUCUGGGAAGGCGGGUUGCGGGCCCCGGGAUUUGUCUGGAGCACGCGGCUCAAGAAGCGACGUCGGCUGUCGCGCCAAUUGAUGCACAUUGUCGACUGGCUGCCCACUCUCUAUUCAGCUGCCGGUGAGCGGUUUGCCUAA